UCGCCUGCCGCCUCAUUGUGCGCUAGCAGCAACGGGCGUCUACGGCGCGGCGGCAGGGCGCGGCGAGCCAUGAACGUGGGAGAUGGAUUAAAGCUUGAAACUGAAAUACUGGAUGGAAAGCCAAGGCUUAUUUUGGCUUCAUACGUGGGUAAAUCAAAGUCCACAGUAAAGAUGGGUAAUAAAGUCAAACUUCCCAAACAUGCAUUGAAAAUAAAACAGGCUGGACAUUUUCUGAAAUCAACACAAAACACUUGUGCCAAACAUGAACAUUUUUCAGUUAAACCCAGAAGUGAAUCAAGAUUGUCAACAAUGAAAGGUGAAAAUACCCAUGUGACUUUAUUAUCAACUCAAGAUUCAAAGGAGAUCUCAACUAGAAAACAUACUUUGCUUGUUCCAAAAGAUAACACAAAUGGAAAGUCCAAUUUGCAGAACCCUAAAAUUGCAGUUAAAAGGCCCAAACAAAAGAUUCAAAAACCUCGUGUCUCAGCUGAAGACUUGAGGAACAGUUUGGUAUGUUUAACUCAAGAACAACUUGAACAAAUUUUGAUGACUGUAAAAGAAGGAGCCAAAACUGUCUCCCAAGUCCAGGAUGAAAAACAAGAAACAGGCCAAGCUGAAAACUCUGCUAUUACUACUACUGCUGCUAAUCAGAUAGAGGAAGAAAAUAUUAUGGGAUUACUCCAGAAAGCUGCUGAAGCUUCAUCUGCGCCACGUGAAAGUAAUUCUGAUUCAAGCACGAAACAAGCAGCAUCUCAGCAGGAUGAACAUAAAAUUAUUAUCAAGAACACAUGGAAACCUGCUGACAUGUUUAGUACUCUGGGUGAAAGAGAAGGAGAUAAAACCUUAUUAGAAGCAAAGAGGGCCCAGUGGAAGAAGGAACUAGAUGAGCAGGUGGCUUUAAAGAAGAAACUAAAAGAAACUUCAGAGGUAGAGACAAAAUGCUAUUUUCGGGGGAAACCUGGUAUUGAUAAAACUCAUUUGGAGAAUUUACAAACAGCCUAUCAAGCUCAGAUUAUCUUCCCAACUGACUUGAAUAUUACUGCUGAAGAAAACCACAUUUUUAGAACCACUUUAACUACAGAGACUAGUGAAGUUGCACCUAGCAUUUCAUACGGUCCAACUGGGCACUCUUCUAGUUUCAGUUCUCCUGACUUGCCAGCUGCCAUUCGUACAGCAUUUGUAUUAGGGGAAACUACACCAGUAGAAGACCCUGUUAGUACUGUGAAAUGUGAACAACAGAAGAAGUGGCUUGAAGAGCUGGACAAACAAAAGGAAGAAGCUAAAUUGCGAAAAAUAGAGGAGAAACGUAAUUUGUCAAAGGCUGAAGAGCAUGACAGAUGGGCAAUGCAUUUUGAUUCUUUAAAGAAGCACCUUAGUGCUAAUCAACAACACCCCUUAAAUGGAACAUACAAAAAGCAGCCUGAAAUUCUAUGUCUGUCCCCUGACCCUAAGGAGCUGACUGCUUUUAUUCAUCCUUUUUCACCUGCAGCUUUAGGCCAUACCCUGUCUUCAAAGGUGGAUAAUGUAGGGAAAACUACUGAAAGCAGUGCUUUGGAACAAAGUCAGAAAGCCAAUUUCCUUCGUUCAAUGACUGCUCUUUUAGAUCCUGCACAAAUUGAGGAAAGAGACAGGCGGCGGCAGAAACAGUUGGAACAUCAGAAAGCUAUAAUGGCUCAAGUGGAGGAAAAGCGAAGAAAGAAGCAACUGGAGGAAGAGCAGAGAAAAUGGGAAGAACAAGAAGAAGAACGCCGUCUAGCACAAGAACAAGAACUCAUGCAAAAGCAGUUUGAAGAAGAUAUGCUCAGACAAAAAGAAAAGGACGAAAUCAUGACUCUUAAAACAAAUAAACUCUAUCAGACAAUGCAGAGAGCUCAAGAACUUGCACAGAGACUGAAACAGGAACAGCGUAUUCGAGACUUGGCUCAGAAAGGACAUGACAUUUCAAAAUUGCAGAAGAACCUUGCAGGAGGUGAUUCAGUAUGCAUGAAUUAUAAAACUGACCUUUCAAAUUUAGGUCAUGAUAAUUUCUCUGAAGAUGUUAGUUCUAAGAUGGAUCAGAAUGUAAAAGAAACCUCCCCUAGGAGAGAGACUGCUGUGCAGACAGAUUACUUCAACUCCAGAGCAUGUAUCAAUUCUGAAUCAUGCAUUGAGCCAGAUACAGAAAAGAGAAAUGUGGAUGGUACAUCUCCAGAUAUUUCCAUAGAAUACAAAGAGAAAUUUAAUAGCAAGAAGUGCCAAAAACAAAUGCAGUGCCCAGAUAAAAAGGAAAUUUCAGAAAAAGAGAAUAAUGGCACUUAUUAUAGCGCUCAAUAUGACCAAUUUGCAAGACAAGAAAAACAAACAAAACCUAUGGGAAAAUAUGGAAAGAGACCUGACUGGAAUAUAAAUAAACCUGGAAAAAGAUAUAUUGCGGCCUCAGAGAGAGAUCCUCAACGGCUACAAAAACAAAGGGAAGAAAAGAAAGUAAGACGACAAAUGGAGCUGCUUCAGUUGGUAGAAAGGAAUAUCCCAGGUAAUCUCUGUAUAAAGAAAGGUCCUUCUCCAGAGAGGUCUCCUUUACCUCACCAGAAAACUGACACGAUGAGCAAGGGACAUACAGUCAGAAAGGAAGAACCGUCUGCAAACAUUCAUGAAGAAAGAUGUGAAUCACCGCCUGUUCCAGCAGUUAAAAAUAGAUUAUACCAAAUACAGCAAAAACAGAUGAAUGCUUCUAAUUUCCCAGUCCAUAAUGGCAAUAUCGGAAGAGAGAAAAAUACCAACGCAGAUAUGCAACAAAGGAAAUCAUCUCCAGUUACUGAACCUGAAAGGCCUCCCUCUUCUCAUUUUAUUCCUUAUGUUAGAACAAAUGAAGUAUAUUACCUUGAUCCAGAUGCACCAAUGACUAGACCUUCAACACAUGAUCCACAGUAUCGACAGUUUAAUGAUUCUUACCAUACACCACGACAGAUUUUUAGCUCUGAUCAUGUGAGAGAUCCACUUCUUAAUCCUGAAGUUGUGAAAAACAAAGACCGGCAACAGGCAAUCCUCAAAGGACUGUCAGAAUUACGCCAGGGACUUCUACAGAAGCAGAAGGAGUUGGAGACUCGUCUGAUUCCAGACAUAACUCAAGAAGAAAGCUUUCUGUCGCCAUUUUAAGGUACAAGGAAGCACAUAAAGACACUUUCAUUUUUAAGAAGUGAAACACAGCACUUUACACUUCUUAAAUUAUGAACUGCAGCUAGGUCCUUUGUAGGUAAGGUCUAGCACCUUACAUGAAGUCUGACAGGGUAUGGGAGAUUUUCGUUCAGUUUUCACAUACUUGAAUCUAAUGUAAAUAAUUUAUUUUUGUUUAGAGCCGUCUUCAUGCUAUGGCUGAAGAUAUACGAUCAUUUAGUAGAAAAAGCAGUACUGUACAUGACCUUUUUGUAGGUAUUUUAAAUUAAACUAGGUAUUGUUGGCAUACAGAAAUAAAAAUAUUUAUAACAUU